CUUUUCGUUUUCUCUCCCCACCUUUCCCCGUUUCCCCCUUUCUUAUUCUUCCCGCUGGCCCGGUGGCACCAUGACGGCAUCUCCCGACUACUUGGUGAUCCUCUUCGUGACCACGUCUGGAAACAACGGGUCAAGGCUGGGCUCGGAUGAGCGGGAGCUGCUCCAGCUCCUGUGGAAAGUGGUCGACCUGAGGAGUAAGGAGCUGGGGCACCUGCAUGAUGUGCUGGUCCGGCCUGACCACCUGGAGCUGACAGCUGAGUGCCAGGAGAUCACCCAAGUGGAUGUGGAGAGCCUGACACUGGCUCCACCGCUGGAGCAGGCUUUGAGACAGUUUAAUCAAUCUGUGAGCAAUGAAUUGAACAUUGGUGUAGGUACUUCGUUCUGUUUCUGUACUGAUGGGCAGCUGCACAUUAGGCAAGUUCUGCAUCCUGAAGCUUCCAAGAAGAAUAUCUUGCUGCCUGAAUGCUUCUACUCCUUUUUUGACUUGCGUAAGGAGUUCAAGAAGUGUUGCCCUGGCUCACCUGAUGUUAGCAAACUGGAUGUUGCAGCCAUGAUAGAAUAUUUAAAUCUUGACAAGAACAGUCCAGCGUUUCCCUAUGGAGCCUCUCAAGUUGAAGAUAUGGGGAAUAUUAUUUUAACACUAAUAUCUGAACCAUACAACCACAGAUUUUCAGAUCCAGAAAGAGUAAACUACAAGUUUGAAAGUGGGCCAUGCAGCAAGAUGGAACUUGUGGAUGACAAUGCUGUUAUCCGAGCAAGAGGAUUGCCCUGGCAGUCAUCUGACCAGGACAUAGCAAGAUUCUUCAAAGGCCUAAAUAUUGCCAAGGGAGGUGCUGCUGUCUGUCUUAAUGCCCAAGGUAGGAGGAAUGGGGAGGCUCUCGUGAGGUUCGUAAGUGAAGAGCAUAGAGAUCUAGCCCUACAAAGGCACAAGCAUCACAUGGGAAAUCGAUACAUUGAGGUAUACAAGGCAACAGGUGAAGACUUCCUUAAAAUUGCAGGAGGUACUUCCAAUGAGGUUGCACAGUUCUUGUCAAAAGAAAACCAAGUGAUUGUCAGGAUGCGAGGUCUUCCUUUCAACGUUACAACAGAAGAAGUGCUGACAUUCUUUGGCCAACACUGCCCAGUAACAGGAGGAAAGGAAGGAGUCCUGUUUGUCACAUACCCUGAUAGCAGGCCAACAGGGGAUGCCUUUGUAUUGUUUGCUUGUGAGGAAUAUGCACAAAAUGCACUGAAAAAGCAUAAGGACUUGCUGGGGAAAAGGUACAUUGAACUCUUCAGGAGCACUGCAGCAGAAGUUCAGCAGGUGCUGAACAGGUACUCUUCCACGCCUCUCAUUCCUCUCCCAACACCUCCUAUUCUUCCAGUAUUACCUCAACAAUUUGUGCCUCCCACUAAUGUCAGAGACUGCAUACGUUUGCGUGGUCUUCCCUAUGCUGCUACUAUAAGGGACAUCCUGGAGUUCUUGGGAGAGUUUUCUACAGAUAUUAGGACCCAUGGAGUUCAUAUGGUACUAAAUCACCAGGGACGUCCAUCGGGAGAUGCUUUUAUUCAGAUGAAAUCUGCAGACCGAGCUUUUCUGGCUGCACAGAAGUGUCAUAAGAAGACUAUGAAGGACAGAUAUGUUGAAGUCUUUCAAUGCUCUACUGAGGAGAUGAACUUUGUAUUAAUGGGGGGCACUUUAAAUCGAAAUGGCUUGUCCCCACCACCAUGUAAGUUACCAUGCCUUUCACCCCCUUCUUACUCCUUUCCGGCUCCCACUGCAGUUGUGCCAACAGAAGCUGCUCUGUAUCAGCCAUCUAUGCUCCUGAACCCACGAACACUCCAGCCCUCCACGGCGUACUACCCUGCUGGGGCUCAGCUCUUCAUGAACUACACAGCGUACUACCCCAGGUAAAGCAGAGGAGAAACCAAGCAGGAGCAAAGAAGUCUUUUUUGCAGCAAAUGCACAAAGCUCACAAAAGAACAUUGUCUGCCACGCUAAAGGCUUGUGCUACCAAGAGCAGCUUGUUCGGUAUCUUGUUCAGGGAAACAAUUUCAGGAUAUCUAGGAAUUUCCUAAGUUUUAGAGUAUGUCAGGUAGUAAUAAAUUUUUAUUUUUUUUUUUUUAACAAGUUACACAGUUACAUUGGGAUUUUUUUGUUGCUGUUUUGUUUUGCUUUCACCUAACAUGCCUCUUAAACUUGUUACCUUGCAUUGUUGUGCCCUCAGUGGGAGUUGGUGUGUGGAUAGGGACACCCUUCCCAUGUCCAUAAAGAAGACCUUGGCCCUCUUUAGAAUGGGUGGAUUGGGGUCUGUUCUAACAACUUCUGAAAUUCUGCCUCCAUUUUUUGUAAUAAAGUAACUUUUGACCUUUAUGGUCGAAACUUUAUUAUUUAUGGAAGUACUGUAUUAACAUGUAUAUGUAGUGAAUGCAUAUGUAAAGCAUAUAGAGGUAUACAUUGUUCCUGACCUCAGAAACACUUCUCAUGAAGGGCUUUUAGUUCUUCUGGAUGUAUUAGCUAUCUUCUACAUAACAAAAACUCCUGAUACCAUUUGCUCUCUGCAGUCAUGAGGCCUUGGGAAGAGCAAUGCUCCCUGCAAGCCAUAAACCACUCCAUCUGUCAGGAAAACCUGCUCAGCUCUUCUAAUAGAUUCUGACCAGUGCCUUUUGUCUCUGGAGAAGGGCCCAAAAAGCUACUUGUGAAGUUGUUGAGCAAUAUGGACUCUCUAGUACCUGUAAGAUAACAAUGGUUUUAUUACUUUACACUAAACCAGAAUGUCUGUGAGCUGCCUAUUGUGAUUUUUGUUGUUUUGGGGUUUGUUUUUUGUUUGUUUUUUUUUUAAUUAAAAUGUGCUCUUCACUCAUGAGUUAACUUCUACAAUGCCUUCAAUGUCUGUCUUAAGGUUAUAAUCAUGUUACUAAACUCAGCCUCUUUAAUGUAAGAUCAAGAAAAAUAAACUUCUAAACCUGCACUGGCAAUAUAAAACAA